CCAUUAUGGACGUGCAGUGUCGCAUCGUAUUUUUCUUGGUCAUUACGCAAGCUUCGGCCAACGUAAACCAAUGUUCGAAACAUUGCGUGUGUAGCGAGGCGAAGCGUGUCAUGUCCUGCCAUGGAGCGGUCCUCACCUAUAUGCCAAGGGCACCAAGCUACGUCAGCAGGUACGAGCUGAGCAGCGCCGGUAUUGAUCAGUUGACCAGAGAGCACACGGAAAACCUCACACACUGUGUCCUCAAACACUUGAUCCUCAAGAAUAACAACAUCACCGGUAUCGACCCUGAUGCAUUUGUUGAUCUACACUAUUUGCAGAAACUGUUUUGGGAGCAGGAUUUCUUUCCUCUUUCCCACUUUGAACUGUUGCUUGCACACGUUUCCCGUAACAUCAGUGAUAUUUCGAUAUCAGCGGUGACCCUUGACAAGUAUGUAGCAUCUGCCUCCAGCUUUCAAAGCCUUGAGAAUCUUCAAGCGUUGAAGCUAAACAUGCAUCAGUUACAAUCCUUCAAUGCAACAGGUUUAAGUAAACUGGUCAACUUGACUAGUUUGGAUUUAGGUACGAACAGAUUGAGCAGGUUCUCAGUCACCGAGUUCGUGCCGAAAUUGAAACACUUAAAUCUGGGGCAAAAUGACCUGACGGAGAUUCCUCAACUUUGUUUAAACAAGUCUGUCCCAACAAUUCCAAGACUGUCCAGACUUAUUCUACAAAACAAUGCUAUCCGAAUUUUGGAAACACGUGGUAUAUCCUGCUUGAAGAACAUGAAGAAGUUGGUACUUUCCCAAAACAGAAUCGAGAUAUUGAACCAUAACGUUUUUACCGCAUUAACGCAACUGACAGAACUUCAGUUGUCAAGGCUGACGUCGUUACAAUACGUAGAGGAUUUGGCGUUCAAUUCGACAUCUUUAUCUAAAAUACUUUUACCGAGAAUCCUAAAAUGACAAAGAGGAAAUUCAAGCCUGCGUCUUUGUUUUCUGAAACUCCUAACCUUGCAACACUAGAUCUCACCAACACUAAGCUAGAUAUAAGUGUGAAGGAAUUGAAGGCGUUACUCCUUACCCUUAAAAAUGUUAAACACCUCACGAUGCAGAAAACAUUUAUCAAGGAAUUGCCAACAGGAGUUUUUUCAAAAUUAACAAAACUGGAAAAUGUCACAUUUUCAGGAAAUAUGUUAACAGGAUGGAAUAAAGACGUAUUUGCCAACGUCACUAACAUAAAGCACAUAUUCUUUGACGGAUGCAACAUAAAGACGAUCAAUGAAAGCUCUCUACCGUUGGAAUUCCGCUUGAGCGUAAAAGAAAUUGACUUAGCUAAUAACCCCUUCGUGUGUACCUGUGAUUUGUUGUGGUUCAAAACAUGGCUGGAUGAAGUCAGGGCUAAUGGGAGCAUUACAUUUUCCCAGUACCCACACAGAUACCAAUGCAGAGCACCGAAUAUCCAAGCUCUCAGUCUUGAGGAUUUCCAUCCUACAGAAAAAUCAUGCACAAUCACAAAUCUGUACACAAUCAUUCUGACAAUCGUAUUGUCUGUGAGUCUGGUCAUCACUGUAACAAUUCUUGUAGUGUAUCGGUACCGAUGGUACCUCCUGUACUGGAUAUCACUGUUCAGACGACGGCGACGUCGAAGCAAACGUGAAACAGAAGAGAAGCAAUACGACGCCUUUGUAUCCUACAGCAACCCCGAUGGGGACUGGGUCUAUGACGAGCUUCUGGACUUCCUGGAAAGGGAGGUUGGGUUGUGUCUGUGUGAACACAGCAGAGACUUCCAAAUAGGGACCUACAUUGUCGACAACGUGAUGGGAGCCUUGGACAGCAGUAGAAAGACCAUUCUGGUAAUCUCUAAUGAGUACAUGAAGAGCGACUGGUGCCAGUUUGAGCUUCAGAUGGCUCUGUACUCAUUUCUCAAACAUGAAAUUGACAUUGUGGUGAUUCUACUUGACCAGAUCAAAGCAGAUCACGUGACGUCAUCACUUCGAGCACUGAUGAUGUCUACCAGUAUCAUGCAAUGGUGUAGUGAUACUGAGGCCAAGGAACUUUUUAAGGAGAGGUUAAGAAACAUUAUGUGUGAAGGUGACAUUAUUGGCUCAAGAGACCAGGCAGACCCUAACAUGCACACAGAUCCUGCAGAUGAUGAAAUCCUGGUACAAUGAAAGUAUUCCACCCGUGCUUGUGUAACACACCAUUGUGUUGUGAUGUUAGACUGAUACUCCAGACAGCUGUACGUACAAUUCAGUGAUGGGGACGACGGUGGCAGCAGACAGACACUGCAAUUCGCUGUGCAAAGCCGCAUCAGCUGUGGACAGUACCUAGAAACCCAUUGCAGACAGUAUUUAGAAACCCAUUGUGGACAGUAUCUAGAAACCCAUUCUGACAUUAUCUGAAAAUCAUUGUGAGUGAACCAUCAUCAGUAGGACUAUAGUUUGGCAUGAAAUGCAUGU